UCUGUAUAUCGUCAGCAUCAGCGUUUCAUCAAUGAUCAGGUGAUUUCAGCUUAAUCAGCCGGCUUUUCAGGCAGGAAUCCUGCCGCAGGAGUGCUGUGCGCAUGUGUCCAUCCCGAACUAAUAUAUAAGCACGUAUGAUACGAAUCAUAAGAUUCAAAAGUGUCCGAACUGUUUAUGCACGUUUUUAUCCUACAAGAACAAAAACAAAAUGCGUUGCGUCGCGUCGCUUCUCGUUCUCUGUGUGCUCUUGUUAUGUGUGCAGAUCAACUCCGGUUUCAGAGUUGUGAAGAGAACUGCAGGUAAAAUGCUGGAGAGUUGCCACCAAGACCAGGCGUGUGGAUGGGCGUCGUACCAUAAAACCUCCAGACAAAUAUUGUUUUACAUGAAAAAUACCUGCGAAUGUCCACCAAACUUGAGGUGUUACAAAGACUUCGAUGAUGUGUCAAUUUCAUCGUGGACAUACAAAUGUAAAGUUCCUGAAAUAAGUAAAUCAAGGCAGAAAGAAAAUCAUUAACUUUUAAGUAAACAUUGACUGAUACAAUAAUGUAUAGAUUAGAUCAUAGGGAGAAUUGAUAGAAUACUUAAUCAAUUAGUGUCAGGAUUGUAGUACUUACUUUGUUACUAAGAACUUUAGAUUUAGUAGAUAUUUUAGGAUAAACAUGUAUAAAAAUUAUCUACUUUAAGGUUCAGAAACUGUAUUAUUCUAUUUAAAUAAGGUAUAAUAUGUAUUUAUUUCCACAACUAAUAUGAGGCAUUUAAAAAUAUUUAUUUAAAUUUCCAUUUCGUUCAUAAUGUCCCAAAAUUAAAACUGCUAGUCAUGUUUCCAUGUUUUUAAAUUAUUAUUUAGAUGCUAAUGCCAAAUAUACUAAAUUAUUUCAUUA